AUGCCACCACACACCCAAAUCCCCUCCACGCAAUCCUACCCCUGGCCCCACGAUUCAACUCUCUCCCCCUCAGCAACCGCCCUCCUAAUAAUCGACAUGAAACACAACUUCCUCUCCCCCACCGACUACCUAGCCACCCUCAGCGCAGCGGCCUCAACCGCAAACUCCACAUCCCCAACAUCCCGCUUCACUCCCCUCCUCCCAAUCCCUACCUCCCUCCUCUCCACCUUCCGCCACGCACACUCCCCAAUCCUCCACACGCGCGAAGGCCACCCUCCCCUCUGCACCAUCUCCACACGGGAACUGCACCGCUCAAAAAUCUCUGGUGCCCAAAUCGGCACCCAGGGCCCACGGGACGCUUCCUGCUGA